AGGACUUCUGAUGAAGAGCUUGAGGUCCUGCUGGUCGCUUGUUCCUAUCAGGUCCUGUAGCAGCAGCAACCAAAAAUCUUGCUCGCAAUUUGUGAAACCGCUCAGUGAUGCGUAUCCUCCACUCCCCUGCCGAUGUUGCAAAGGCUAUGGAGAGAUGGCAUGCGAGCAAUGCGAGGGCCGAGGCACGCUCGCGUUGGGAGGAUACCACCGCAAAAAUCCCGUCGACAUGGCCCGCGUUGUCGGAUCCAAAUGGACAGCCAUGGAGCGCACUUUUGGAUGGCGCCACUACGAAGCUCGAGCCAAGCAGCGGAUGAGCGACAAGGAAUGGUUCGUCCAAAUGGUGGCCACUUGUGACACCACCACCCAGCUGUGGGUGAAUGCGCAAAAUCUCCGGGAUCGCAAGCUUUGGAGCAUGGGGUGGCUCCAGCGAUCCGAGUUCUCCGACCUCAAGGAGCGGAAUUCGGGGCCCAAAUGCCGGGCGUGCAAGGGGCAGGGGAAGAUCCAGUGCCCCAGUUGUGAUGGAUCGUCCAUGAGCAGCAGCAAGGAGCUCCAGAUCAUCGAUGUGUGAUUGAUAGUGUGUUGAUAGUGUGCCCAAAAUUUAGCCUGGCGCCGGCGCCGCAUUCGUAUCUGUGGUGCCCUCGCGUGCAUUUCGAUCCUCCGCCGCAGAGGCUCUAUCACUUGCAUCGCCAGCUCCGGCUGGAUGGCAGCGGCAACAAUUUCUUCAAGGGUGUCAAGUGGUGAGAAAGAAAAGAAAAGAAGUUUCCAUUGCGUUUC